UCCUAGUCUAGCCUUUACAGCAAAAUUCCUAAAGCGCCAGCAGGAAUUUCUCAGGAGAAUUACAUCUUUUUUUUUCUCUCAUUAUCUGAAGAAGAAAAAAAUCCAAAUUUGUGGAGGCUGAAUGAUAAGAUGAAACAAAGGCAGGAAAUGGCCGCUGAUCGGAGCAGAAGUUGGUUUAGGAUAUCCGGGACUCAGUAUUUCGCCAUUAUUCUGAUAAUUGGGGGUGUAUUCUUCAUUUACAGCAUAAGGGAAAUGACACCAGACUGGAACCCAAAAAUGUGGAUGCAAAAUCAGUCGUCAGACUUGUGGAUUUUCUUAGAACGGCAGAGACAAAAAAAAAUCUCUCUCCACUCUGUGGUUAAUGUCAGCUCAUCUACACAUCCUCAAACUGAUAAUGUGACAUCGGCACCAGAAGUGAAAAGAGAAACUGCAGUGGUCGCUCCUUAUGUUUCUCCUGGACCAUAUUUAGUCGAAUACCCUUAUGAGUACAGCUUCAUCAUCAAUGAGCCACAAAAAUGUGAGCAGGAAAAACCUUUUGUGGUUCUGAUAGUUCCCGUAGCACCCAACAAUAGGCGAGACCGUGACAUCAUCCGCAGCACCUGGGGGAACGACAGGGUUGUGCAGGACAAAGUGGUGACACUCUUCUUUUUACUGGGGCUACACACGGGGCCGGGAGCAGAGCAGGUCCAACAGCAGGUGCUUCAGGAGAGCAACAAGCAUCACGACCUGAUCCAGAGCAACUUUGUGGACUGCUACAAGAAUCUCACCAUUAAGACCAUGGUAAUGCUGGAGUGGCUGACUGCGCACUGCUCUGGUGCUUCUUAUGCCAUGAAGAUUGACUCAGACAUGUUUCUGAAUGUGCACAAUCUUGUCACUAUGCUUUUGAAUGCUCAAAAAACAAACUACAUGACUGGACUUGUGGCGCGAUCGGGUACAGUACUGAGAGAUCCACACUCUAAGUGGUACGUACCACCUGACAUUUAUGCACCAGCUGUGUACCCUGUCUAUGCUCUGGGCCUGGGCUACAUUAUGUCUUUAGACCUCCCUAAAAAGCUCACUGAGGGAUCCAGACAUGUUAAAGCACUUUACAUUGAGGAUGUGUAUUUAGGGCUUUUAAUGCAACACCUGGGAAUCUCUCCCACUGACCCCCCAAACGGUGAUUACUUCCAUGUUUUACCUUUGGCAUAUAAUCGAUGUCACUUCUCCCGUAUAGUAGCCACCACAACUCAUCCGUCCACUGACCGUGUGCACAUUUGGAAAGAUUUUAAAAAACCCGACCCGUACUGCUGAUCUAAGAAUGCUGCAAUGAUGCAAAUAGAACACAAACAACGGCUGCAUAUUGGAACAUUUUAUAUUUCCUUUUUUAACUUCCCCUAUCUCAAAUUUCAUUAAAAUCUAAUGUUACACUUUAUAUCUACACACAGUUCUACUCAUUAAAUGCAGUUUAUUAUUUGUACUAUCCAUGUAGCUAACAUAACAAAAUAUGAAGGUAGCAAAA